AUGGUGUCUCGGAACGAGGUCCACCUGGGCCCUAAAUACAUAGGCCUCUGGGACUUCAAGGCCCGAACAGAUGAAGAGCUGAGCUUCCAGGCAGGGGACCUUUUCUACGUGACCAGGAAGGAAGAGCAGUGGUGGUGGGCCACCCUGCUGGAUGAGGCAGGUGGGGCCUUGGCUGAGGGCUACGUGCCCUACAACUACCUGGCUGAGAAGGAAACUGUGGGGUCUGAGCCAUGGUUCUUCGGUUAUAUCUCCCGCUCAGAGGCCAUGCACAGACUGCAGGCUGAGGGCAACUCAACUGGUGCCUUCCUAAUCAGAGUCAGCGAGAAGCCAGGAGCUGACUAUGUCCUUUCAGUGCGAGAUGCUCAGGCUGUGCGACACUACAGAAUCUGGAAGAGUGAGGCUGGCCGGCUGCACCUGAAUGAGGCAGUGUCCUUCCUCAGUCUGCCUGAGCUUGUGGACUACCACAAAACCCAGAGCCUGUCUCACGGCCUUCGGCUGACUAUGCCCUGCUGGAAGCAUGAAACUGAGCCCUUGCCUCACUGGGCUAACUGGGAGAGGCCAAGGGAGGAAUUCACACUCUCUAGGAAGCUGGGGUCUGGCUACUUCGGGGAGGUCUUCGAAGGACUCUGGAAAGGUCAAGUCCGUGUGGCUGUGAAGGUGAUCUCCAGAGACAACCUCCUGCACCAGCAUACCUUCCAGUCAGAGAUCCAGGCCAUGAAGAAGCUGAGGCACAAGCACAUCCUGGCACUGUAUGCCGUGGCAUCAGCAGGGGACCCUGUGUACAUCAUCACGGAGCUUAUGCCCAAGGGGAGCCUGCUGCAGUUGCUGCGGGACUCUGAUGAGAAAGCCCUGCCUAUUUUGGAGCUGGCAGACUUUGCAUCUCAGGUGGCUGAAGGCAUGUGCUACUUGGAAUCUCAGAAUUAUAUCCAUCGAGACUUGGCUGCCAGGAACAUCCUUGUCGGGGAGAACAAUAUCUGCAAAGUAGGGGACUUUGGGCUGGCCAGGCUCAUCAAGGAGGACAUCUACUUUUCCCAUGACUACAACAUUCCCUACAAAUGGACUGCACCGGAGGCACUCUCCCAAGGCCACUACUCGAUCAAAUCUGAUGUCUGGUCCUUUGGGGUUCUCCUCCAUGAAAUUUUCAGCAGGGGGCAGAUACCCUAUCCAGGCAUGUCCAACCACGAGGCCUUCAUGAGGGUGGACGCUGGCUACCGCAUGCCCUGCCCCCUGGAGUGCCCAACCAGUGUGUACAAACUGAUGCUCAGUUGUUGGGGUCAGGACCCUCAGCAGAGACCUUCCUUCAAAACUUUGUGUGAAAAACUCUCAAGCUUCACCAGGUAUGAGAACCUCAUCUGAGCUCCUCAGACGUGACCAGGACCCACAGAAGAUUGUCCUGGACUUCUAUCGAAGAUGUGCACCAUCCUCCAGUUUACUGAUAUGAAGGGGCAGGAAGCAUACUCUAAAUAUUCCACGCUGGAAAGGAAUAGUGAAGAGGCAGCCAUAGUUCCUCCCUUCCUUCCUCUUCCCGGAGGAGGCGGGACCCAAAACCCAGGAGGCUCUCUCCAGCCUCUCCCUCCCUAUAUGACUGUUUUUUGUAGUCUUUGCUCCUAUGAAGUUGGUGACAUCUGCUACUUGUCAGCAAGAAUAACCCAGGACCAGGACUAAGUACUGAUAUCUCAUGAAAGCUUCAUGCCUGCCGAGUGAAUAAAGGACUGUAAAUGCGGUAAAAGCUUAUCUGAACUUUUCAACAAUAAUUUUACUCUUCGGAAGACAUCCUACAGAGGCUGGAGAGAUGGCUCAGUUGUUAAGAGCACUUGCUGCUCUUGCAGAGCACCUGGGUUU